UAAGCGCGUUGACUCCGCUAAAGCACAUCGUGCAGCUCGUCGUUCGUGUGUAUUUUUUAACAUAGCAAAAAAGAAGAAGUAGAAGGAGCUGUUUUUUAAGUAACGGCAAAAACCACCCCUAACUUAAACAGAUUUUUAUUUGGGCGCAAAAACACAAAAUUUUAACUCAAUUCUUGCACUCAAACAAAGUCAAUGCCGGCUGUGGAAGGCAUUGAGGCAGACAGAGUAAAGAGGAGAGAGACACAGAAAAAGAGAGAGAAAGAUAGGCAGCCGCAGUUAUACCGGCUAACACUAUCAACAGCAACAACAACAUCAACAUCAACAUCAUCGUCAUCAUCAACAUCAUUAGCUCAAUAAUCAUCAUCAUCGUUGCCGUUGUCGUCGUCGUCGUUGUCGUCUACAGGCCUAGCUAGAUUAUCCAUCAGAUACAAACGUGGAGAGUCGUCCUUUUGCAUCGCAACGCUUGCUCGACUGUCAGUUUCAAACGAAACACGAACGCGUUUGCACGCAGGCCGGCGCAACAAACCGAGCCAGUACACAAAAUAAUAAUCAGAAAAAGAGCGAAAAUAAUUAGAAUAUAAAAAGAAAAACAAUAAUAAAAGUAAACAAACUUUGAAGCAAGUGUUAUGCAGUGUUGCCAGUGUUGCCAAACAACAAAAAACAAUACAGUGACAAAUUAGUUGCGAGAACCUUGACAUAUCCUAAAAAAACUAAGAAACACAAGAUAAUACUAUUAUAUAUAUACUAUAUAUAACAUAUACCUAUACCGAUCCAUUGAAAUCUGAAAAUGGUUAUGUCGGAGCUACACUGGCGCACAGCUAGUCCCGAGGAUAAUAACAAUUCCUUGAAGCAUGAUCUAUUAAAGGUGAACAACAAUAGCGCUCGAGACGUUGCUGCCGUUCAUAUGAUGCAAAAUCGAUACAUCAGCCGACUCUCGCGCUCGCCUUCGCCGCUGCAAUCGAAUGCUUCCGAUUGUGAUGACAACAACUCGAGUGUGGGCACCUCCAGCGAUCGCUGUCGCUCGCCCUUGAGUCCAGCGCUGUUGCUGACCCAGCAGCAGGCUAAGCGCCAGUUGCUCUCAAUGCAGCCGCAUCCGGCGCACCACCACAAUCACAACCACAAUCACAAUCAUCUACAGCAGGCGUAUAAGCAGGAGCAGCAGGAUGAGGAAUAUGACGAUGCCAAUGGCGGUGCACUUAAUCUAACCAGCGACAAUUCGCGGCACAGCACUCAGAGUCCGGCUAAUUCAGUCAAAUCCACGGCGGGCACGCCGCCGAGUCAGCUAACGGCGCCGCUCGUUUCGCCAGUACUGCCGCCCACUGUCGCCACGCCCAGUUCAAUGGCAGCAGCUGCAGCGGCCGCCGCUGCUGUGGCCAACAGCAUGCAACCGGGACUUGGCUUGGCACUGCCAGGCUUAUCCUCCCCACAGCUGGCGGCUGCCGGCUUGGCUUUGAACAAUCCUUUGCUCGCCGGCUCCAUUUCGCCACAGGACUUUGCCCAGUUCCAGCAGGUGCUGCAGCAGCGACAGGUAGCACUGCAGCAGCAAUUCAAUAGCUACAUGGAACUGCUGCGCAAUGGCUCGCUGGGUCUGUCGCAGGAUGAUCCGGCAUUGGCUACGCAGGUGGCGGCUGCACAGUUCCUGAUGCAGAGCCAGUUGCAGGCGCUGGCCCAGGCCACACAGCAGCUGCAGGCGCUGCAGAAGCAACAGGAAACAUUGAGUCUAUGCAAGUCGCCGUUGCAACAGCCGCGCAGCUCGACGCCACAUUCAAGAAGUCCAGCCGCAGUGCGCAGUCCGGCCAGUUCGCCGCAUCAGCCGCUGCAGAUAACGCCACCCAAUUCGGCGGCUAGCUUAAAGCUCAGCGGCAUGCUAACACCGAGCACGCCCACCAGCCACUCGCACGCCCAUAGCCAUGGCCACACGCACAGUCAGGCCACGCCGCAGCCAAAGACUGUGGCCAGUGCGGCUGCAGCGCGUGCAGCCGGUGAGCCCUCUCCCGAAGAGACAACGGAUCUGGAGGAACUGGAGCAAUUCGCCAAGACUUUCAAGCAGCGUCGCAUCAAACUGGGCUUCACUCAGGGCGAUGUGGGCCUGGCCAUGGGCAAGCUCUAUGGCAAUGACUUCUCGCAGACAACCAUCUCGCGCUUCGAGGCGCUCAAUCUGAGCUUCAAGAACAUGUGCAAACUAAAGCCCCUCCUCCAAAAGUGGCUCGAUGAUGCGGAUCGCACUAUUCAAGCCACCGGCGGCGUCUUCGAUCCGGCUGCCUUGCAGGCCACAGUUAGCACGCCGGAAAUAAUUGGACGUCGCCGCAAGAAGCGUACGUCAAUUGAGACAACGAUUCGUGGUGCAUUGGAGAAGGCCUUCAUGGCCAAUCAGAAGCCCACCUCAGAGGAGAUCAGCCAGCUGGCCGAUCGCCUGGGCAUGGAGAAGGAAGUGGUGCGUGUCUGGUUCUGCAAUCGCCGGCAGAAAGAGAAACGCAUCAAUCCCUCGCUCGACAGUCCAACGGGCGCAGACGACGACGAGUCGCCCUACAUGCUACAUUAGAUACACAGGGCAAACCCAGCUCUCAGAGUGGGCCACAAACACAGUGCAAUGUGCGCAGACCCUAGAGAACAACAGCGCACAGCUUAACUAACUUAAAGCAGGUUCAAAGUCGCAAAACACAUCAAAUAUUAGCAUAAUUCUUCACUUUGAUUCGGUUUCAAGCACCAAUCGCACACACACACAUACACACGCGCACACAUAUACACACAUACACACAUAUAUGUGUGCGUUGUUUGUUUUAUGUUAACUAUUAUUGGUAUUUAUUAUAACGAAUUAAAUAUAAAAAAAGUAUAAAAUUAAAUUCAGAAAACUAGCACGAAAUGCGGCUGAUCAAUUGAACCAGUACGAACAACGACUAGUUCAUUUGAUCACCCACAUUUUGAAAUAAAAUAUAAAUGCAAUUGUCUGUUGUGAUUAGGAACAGCAAAAUGCAUUGAAUUUUUAUUGAAACUAUCCUACAUGUCGUAUGAUUAAUGCUUAAGUAAUGUUUAGCCUAAGACUAUUCUUGCAGUGUAUGUAACAUUUUCGA